GUAAAUUUUGCUUUGUGCGGAGGCGAGUUUAUUUUCAUUUUCAUUUCACAUAAUUUAACACUUUUUUGUGACUUUAUAUUUGCAAAAGAUUAUAGUGAAAAGUAAAAAAUUGCGUCUAAAGUGAAAUAUACAAGUAAAAUUGUGUUUUGCAACCAAAUAGAAUAAUUGUGGAAGUCAAGAGCAAAUUGCUAUCAUAGGUUGUCUGGGUCGUCUGGUCAAAGGCAAUUCGCGAUAGACGUAAGUGAAGUGGAAGGAAGUGCUGCAAGGAGGAAGAGGAAGACUACAGUGAAAAGUAAGUGCUUAACUGAAAAACGACACAUAAGACCAAUUGUGUAAAGCAGACACGGUCAGAAAGGGAAGAGAGACAUCAAAAACUGAAAAAAAAUAAUACUUGGAGUGAGAACUUCAGUAAAUGCAAUAGACGGCUGCGACGUCAAUAGCGACAGUGUGAGGCGAUGCAUAAAAACGUCUCUAAAGGAAACUAAAACAAAAAAAAAAAAACAACAUACUAGCCCGACUGAAGGAAGAGGCAAGAAAAGUAUCCAUCAGACGACGACGACGACUCUGUUGCAGAACGGAAAGCACAAAAAAGUGUGAAAGGUCAGCAGACAGACGAAAAGGAGACGAAAAAUACAGAUAUCGUGCAAAAUAGUAUACUCAACCAGUAAGCAAAAAUCGUACAUAUUUCAUACAUAAGUACAACUCAACGAUUUGGAAACUUUUUGUAAAAAAUCACAAAUAUAUUAAUUAUACUAGUAAUAUUAAAAAUUACUAACUGAAUUCAGAAAUCACCAUAUAUACGCAGAAAACGUACAAACGCCAGGCAACUAAUUCAAUUAGAAUUUCAAAAAAAUCAGCAUUAGCAAGGAUUAAACGAAGAUUGGCAAAGCUUGUGAACAAAGGCGAGCGGUACUUGUUAUCCUUGUAAUUUUCACUUGCCACAAAGUUAAACCGUAGACGUUGAAAACUUAUAUUACAACUACGAAACACGCUUAACGUUGGUUUCAGCACAGCUUACAUUUAACAUUUUGAAGCUUAAGCACCAAAGCUUCGUGCAGACGUUUUAUUUGCGUUCAGCUGUAACUGGAGCAUUUGCGUUGACGACUUGUUGUCGACCAGUGCACUCUUCGUGUGCCACGUGCGAUGUUGCCAUUCACCCCACAAGUAGUUAAACGUUUGUUAGCACUCAAGAAGGGCAACGAAGACACCGUCGAGGGUAAGUGGUCCGAAAAAGCAGUAAAAAAUCUUGUUAAGAAAGUUAAAAAGAAUAUACAGCUUGAGGAGUUAGAACGUGCCAUAUCCACGCAGAAUUGUAAUACACGCUGCGUCACCGUACCGCGUAGCAAGCCAGGCGCUACUGGCGAAAAUUUGCGCAAAGGACAACCACAUGUAAUAUAUUGUCGUGUAUGGCGCUGGCCGGAUUUACAAUCGCAAAAUGAACUAAAAGCUUUAGAUCAUUGCGAGUACGCCUUUCAUUUGCGUAAAGACGAAAUAUGUAUUAAUCCAUAUCACUACAAAAAGAUUGAGUUAUCAAUUUUGGUGCCAAAAUCAUUGCCGACACCGCCAGAUUCCAUAACAGAUUAUCCAUUGGAUAAUCAUACACAUCAAAUACCGAAUAAUACGGAAUAUAAUGCCGCAACUAUACGCAGCGCUUCGUUGAGUCCACCACAGUAUAUGGAACUAUCAAGCCAUCAUCAUCAUCAGCAACAGCAUUCGCCCGGCAGUCUUGUUGGUUUAGGCAUGAGUGCUGCACAACAGCAACAACAACAGAUGAAUAGCUCACUUGUCGGUUCUGGCGCUUGCAACAUGGAUUCACAGUCAAGUGUGCUUAGCGUCGGUAGCAGCAUUCCUAAUACGGGUACCCCGCCGCCUGGCUACAUGAGUGAAGAUGGUGAUCCCAUCGAUCCCAAUGACAAUAUGAAUAUGUCCAGAUUGACACCGCCAGUCGAUGCUAGUCCCGUAAUGUAUCAUGAGCCCGCUUUCUGGUGCUCCAUUUCUUACUAUGAACUAAAUACACGUGUCGGUGAAACCUUUCAUGCUUCACAACCAUCCAUUACAGUUGAUGGUUUCACUGAUCCCUCCAAUUCGGAGCGUUUCUGUCUCGGCUUGCUAUCCAAUGUAAAUCGCAAUGAGGUGGUCGAACAGACGCGUCGUCAUAUUGGUAAAGGUGUACGUCUGUACUAUAUCGGUGGCGAAGUAUUCGCCGAAUGUCUCAGUGAUUCAUCCAUAUUUGUGCAGAGUCCGAAUUGCAAUCAACGCUACGGUUGGCAUCCAGCCACUGUCUGCAAAAUACCACCCGGUUGUAAUUUGAAAAUCUUCAAUAAUCAAGAAUUCGCUGCUUUGUUAUCGCAAUCGGUAUCGCAAGGUUUUGAGGCCGUUUAUCAACUAACACGCAUGUGCACCAUACGUAUGUCGUUUGUCAAGGGUUGGGGUGCCGAGUAUCGACGUCAGACCGUUACAUCGACGCCGUGUUGGAUUGAAUUGCAUUUGAAUGGACCACUACAAUGGUUGGAUCGUGUGCUAACGCAGAUGGGUUCGCCACGUCUACCAUGCAGCUCAAUGUCUUAAGAACAAAAUAUAAGUAUACGGCAUACGGCAUACGGUUGAAGAAGAGCAGUUAUGAGCACUUAAAGUUUAUCAAUGUGGAAGUGUUGUUUUAACAAACUUGUAAAGUUGGAGAUUACGCAGUUAAUAUUUUUGUUUUUAAUUUUUUGCUGACUAUUUCGAAUUCGCUAAAGGAACUAAAAUUACAUUUUUUUGUGCAGCCAAAUUAGAUAUGCAAAUAUGCAAAGCACAUCUGUCUGUCUGUUCAGUUUCAGUUGACACAGGAAAUUAAAAUUUCAGCUUUUUUACAGAAUUUAAAAUGUAUUUUAAGGUUUUAAAGUCUUAAACUACACAAAAAAUAUUAAAUUUUUUUUU